AUGACAUCGCCUCUCUCUCUCGCUCUCGCCUGGUCUGAUACUCCCAUCUACAAUCAACAUUAUCCUCUACCUUCUCUCCUAUCCGUUCUCCCAUCCACACGUAACAUCACAUAUUCCAUCAUCAUCAAGUUCAUCAACACUCUUGCCUUGGCCACUUCGGUGUCUGCCGUUGCUCUUCCUGAGACUCGCACAUCCGGCGGCUUGGAGCGUCGCGGUCACCGCGGCAAUUCCGACAACUGGGCUGGUGUUAUCAAGAAGGCUGCCGGCGUCAAGACCGUCACUGGCACCAUGGGGAUGCCCACCAUUAAGAAUGGAGCCGAGGACUCUGCCGUCUCUGCCUGGGUCGGUAUUGACGGCAACACUUGCUCCACUGGCGCUCUGCUCCAGACUGGUGUUGAUAUCCUGGGCGAUGGCACAUUUUCUCCCUGGGUCGAGUGGUACCCCAAUGAUCUUAUCAAGCUCACCGACUUUGUCGUCAAUGCGGGCGACAAGAUCAAGAUGACUGUUACCGCAACCAGCACUACUGCUGGCUCGGCCAAGCUCGAGAACUUGACCACUGGCAACUCGUCCAGCCACGACUUCGCCAAGGGUCCCGCUGCCCUCUGCUUGGCCGAGGCAGACUGGAUUCUUGAGGAUUACGACGACGAUAACAGCGGCAAGAUCAAGCCUCUGGUUAACUUUGGAACCGUCAGCUUCACCGGCGCCUCUGCUUCUGGUGGUUCUGAUGGCACAGUCGGCCCCGACAAGGGCGAGAUUAUCACCUUGACUGACUCCAAGGGCAAGGCCAAGACCUCUUGCUCUGUCAAGACAAACACUGUUACCUGCAGCUACAACGCUUAA